CGCGCUCCCUCCACACACACACACACACACACACACACACACACACUCUCUCUCUCUCUCCAACGCAGCAGUUCCACUCCACCACAGCAGCGACCGGGGGCUUCGUCUGCUCUGGCGAAGUUGGAAGUCAACGCGUCGCCUGGAUUCAUGAGGCACCGACACACUCUCACUCGUCUCGUCUGCGGCGCCGGAGGGACUUUAUUUCUUGAUCAAUCUCGGUUGCAGCAGCAGCGGCAGCAGCGGCAGCAGCUUUGGGAAAUGCGCUGGUAGAAGAGAGACGCGACUGGGGAAGUUGCGACCAUCAGACGCGCACUCGGCGAGUACCUGCGGGCCCACUGCGGGGGACUUCCGACCGGCGGCGAGCGGGACCUCGCUGCGCUGCGGAGAGCCUCGAACAACGCGGAGCCGCGCACACGUGAACCAUGCUCCGGCUGGGGACCCUCCUCUGCACUUUCUCCGUGCUGUCGGUGGCGGCGAGGGCGGAUUUCAGGGCGCGCAACUGCAGCGAGGUGCGGGAGGCUUGCGUCGGGAAGGGCUUCAGCUUCGCGCACGUCCCCCUCCAGGAGAUCCCAGGUGAACAUCUUCGUGUAUGUCCUCAGGGAAACACAUGUUGCACCCAGGAAAUGGAGGACACAUUUGGCCAACAGAGUAAACAGGACUUUGAAAAUCUGGUUGAUGAAACGAGCCAUGAAUUGAGGAGCACCUUUGUUUCCAGACACAAGAGAUUUGAUGAAUUCUUCUUGGAGCUGCUGGAGAACACGGAGAGGUCCCUGAAUGAGAUGUUUGUGAGGACUUACGGCAAGCCUUACAUGCAGAACUCGGAGGUCUUUGAGAACCUGUUUGCCGAGCUGAAGCGCUAUUACACCGGAGGGAACGUUAACCUGGAGGAAAUGCUUAAUGACUUUUGGUCGCGGCUACUGGAGCGUAUGUUCACGCUGCUCAACUCGCAGUAUGUCAUCACUGAGGACUAUCUGGAGUGUAUCAGUAAGUACACCGACCAGCUCAAGCCCUUUGGAGACGUGCCCAGGAAGCUCAAGGCUCAGGUUACCCGGGCAUUUAUCGCCGCUCGGACAUUUGUCCAAGGGCUCUCCGUUGGCCGGGAGGUGGCCCAGAGAGUGUCUAAGGUAAGCAGCACUCCAGCAUGUAUGCGAGCGCUGACGAAGAUGCUUUACUGCCCUUUUUGUCAGGGCAUGCCCGCAGUUAAACCCUGUAAGAACUACUGCCUGAAUGCCAUGAAGGGCUGCCUGGCCAAUCAAGCGGACCUGGAUCCGGAGUGGAACCAGUACAUUGAUGCCAUGCUGCUGGUGGCGCAGAGGCUGGAGGGACCUUUCAACAUUGAAUCUGUCAUGGAGCCUAUUGAUGUCAAGAUUUCCGAGGCCAUCAUGAAUAUGCAAGAUAACAGUGCCCAGGUCUCCUACAGGGUUUUUCAAGGCUGUGGCCAGCCCAAACCCGCAGGAAUGACUAGGUCUACCCGUGGUGUUUCGGAUGUGUUCAACGCUCGCUUCAGGCCGUACAGCCCAGAGGAGCGGCCUACCACUGCAGCUGGCACAAGCCUAGACAGACUGGUGGUUGACAUAAAAGAGAAACUGAAACUGUCCAAGAAAUUUUGGUCCAACCUGCCUGAGGCGAUGUGCGUGGAGGACAGAGUGACCGCUGGAAAUGCCAGUGAUGAGGAGUGCUGGAACGGACACGCCAAGGGCAGGUACUUCCCUGAAGUCCAAAAGGAUGGACUGACCAACCAGGUGAAUAACCCCGAGGUGGUCGUGGACAUCACGCGCCCCGACACCUUCAUCCGCCAGCAGAUCAUGGCUCUGAGGGUGAUGACCAACAAACUGAAAAAUGCCUACAACGGCAACGAUAUCUACUUCCAAGACUCAAGUGAUGAGGGCAGUGGCUCAGGCAGUGGCAGCGGUUGCACAGAAGUCUGCCCCACAGACAUGGACAGUGCUGCCACCGAAGCCCCAGUGGUGAAAGCCGACCGGAGCGGGCCCGUGGGUGACUCUGGCCCGCUCCAUGCCCCCUCUGUAGCCCUGCCAACCAUGCUGGCCUUGUCAGCCCUGGCACUCCACCGACAAUGGAGAUAAUGCUGGAGGAAUGGGCCAAACAUGGACAGCAAGAUCUUUUUUGUUGUUUUCCCCUUUCUUGCAGUUUUUUGUAAUCAGGCAGAUUGGAGCUACAGUCAAGCAGACAGUAUUCGGGCUGCCAGCCUCGAGGCUAAAGGAGUCUGCUCUGAAAUGAGAGCGGUCAUGCAUCAUGAUUUCCCACUUUCCCAAAGAUCAUGCAGUGCCAUCCUUAGACUUGAUAUUUUAUGGCAUCACUUCCCCCAUCUAAAACUGAUGGUGCCCCAUUCAACAAACUCUGCUUCAGAGAUUGAUUUGAAAAAAAAAAAAAGUAUUUUCUUGCACAUAUGGCAGGUAUACAGUAUGUAGGUAAUGUGGAAAAAAAAAUAACACGCACUUUUGAUUGUUUCGAUUUUUUUGAAUGCGAAAAUUGUUUGUGUGUUGAAAAAUGUUGAGAAUGUGGUUAAUUGAUGCACCUAAAAGAGGCACAGUAACUUUCAUAGAUGUUUAGUAUUAUAUUUUAAAAAUUAAAGAAAGUAUAAUGAUCAAAAUGACGUACAAAUUCAGGAACAUGUGGUUUCCACCAAAAAAUUUGAUUGAAUCUUUGUUCCACUGUCAUCAACUCAUGUGCCAAUUAUUGCUUUUUAGGAGGAGUGAUUGAAUAUUCACCAACACUGUCAUGUUUCCAUGAGCAUCAUGUCUGCUUCAUCCUAUGUUUUACAAUAACCACGGCAUUUGGCAAGAUUGUACGUGCAAUUAGUCAUGGGCUCUGUCAUGUGUCUGCUCUGCUCUCAGCUCUCCAUGAAACAGUUCAACAGCUGCCUUGUGCUACAACCCACAUUAUUUUAAAAGGGAUACAACUGACAUUGUUUAUGUACUCAUUUGCCUUGCAACAAAUUUAUUAUCUGCAAAAUCUUUCAUACUAUGAUGGUUUCUCAGGCUUGGCUUCGGGAGUAGACAGAAUUAUUGUGGAGCUGUUUCAGAGAAGGUGCCGCCAGUAUAAUAGUGAUGCUGGUUCUGUAGUGUUGUUGGGUACAUGUCCUUGUGUGAAAUCAAUUAAUUCAUAACAGUGUGUGCGUAACAAUUUAAAACCCCCACUUAUGAACCGCAUUAUGAUUGGUUAAUAAUGUAUUUCUGUUUUAUAUCAGUAGGGGUUUCCUCUAAGUGACUGUUUACACAGUGUGCUUCAACCUAGCCACGGUAAAGUAUCAGUGACCUGCACCUCCUCACAGUAAUGAAAUACACAUAUCAAGAUCUUAAAAACGUGUUUGAAAAUACUAGUUAUGGAAAAUAAUGUCUAUGAAAACCACAUAAAUACAAUACAGAAUCACCAUCACCGAACAAGGUGUAUGUACAGCUGUAAUAUCUAUAUUAAUUUACACUUAUUGGGGCCCUAAUGGUUUUAAUGUUUAAAAUGUUAGAUAAAUUCUGAAAUUACGUACACAGCAACAAAACAAGUGUGUUAGCCACUUUUGUGUACGUGAUGCAAUAGCCGAAGGGUGUAUAAUUGCUGCACCACCUUGGAUAAGAUAGUCGUUAAAUUAUGCAUUGUAGCAACACAACUAAAAUACGCUCACAGAGUUAUAAAAAGUCAAGUUGUAAAAUGAAACAAUUUCCAGAAAAAUUAUCAUUACCACAGUUAUGCAAAAGUUGGGGGUGUUAUUAAGUGAGGAAGUAGCAAACAGCACACAGUGGCCACUAGAAAUGCAAAGAAAGGGUCCCUAAAUUUAUCUGCAAAGCUUGAGUGGUUAUGUCUGCAGCACAGACAGGCUUGAAGCCGACCACAGUCACCUGUGAAAUGAGAAUAUGUGGAGACUGGACAGGGCUGAACGCUCCAGUGAAGCUCCUCAGUAGAGCGUACUUACAGAGAAUGUGAGAGGCCUGGCACUGCUGAGGGGGGGGGGCGGACAAAACCAGCCCGUAUGUACGUCCACUGUUCUCUGAGAGCCCGUCAGCUCCAUAACCACCAGGCCAGCUAAGCUUACAUAUCCUGCCUACAUACCCUUUGCAAAAGUAUAUCAAUGAAUAUUUGUUUUUAGCUUUUCUUUUCAUUGCAUUUACGUCCCGCACUUGCAUCCACAUUGCAGGAGCAAAAAUAUAGAGAAAAUAUGUCAAAUGUGUCAUUUGAGAGGAUUCUUUAGUAUGGAUUUUGACUUUACAGGAUGCCCUUUUUAUGUUUUGUAUCAUUGAACUUUUAAUGGUAAUAUUUUUGCAAUAAAAACAUUGAAAAUG